GAUACCUGGUAUUAUGUUAAUGUUGUGCCGACAGUUAUAUUUUGUAUUGUAUUCCUUGUAAUUAAAGGAUAUUGAGUAUGAAUCAGUGAAAGAAAAAGCAGAAAAAUGUCAUCUUAUUUGCGCUCUAUUCCGAAUAAAUUUACACCUUUUGUUAAUACACGGAGGCAAGUAAUUAAUAUCGACCAUCAGUUACCAAAUCAUGUUAAAUCGUCUCUGUUUUUAGAAGAGUUUUUAGAUAUACAAACAACAACAACAAACGUAACAACAAAUUCUAAAGAAAAGACUUUGAAUUCUGUAGUUGCUUCGUUAAGUCAAAAUGUACCAAUUGUCUUCUUCAGUACUAAUAUUGAGAAGCCAAAGAUAUUAAGCAAACGGUAUAAUGGAACUAAACAUCAAGUAAUGAAAUUACAACAACAGAGACUAAUGAAUGUUACCAUGUUAAAUGUAAUUAAUUCCGAUGCAACAAAUAUGGCUGUAUUAAAGUAUAAUAGACAGUGGGAAAAAUCUGUUACAACAAAUUUCAAUGAUAAGAAUUUUGAUGUACCAUGCACAGAGAUGGUAUUAGCCAAAAAUGUAUUUAAUGAUGCCUCACCUAACUCAGAAAAGAAAGGCAUUCUUUAUACAGAAGUUUCUCCUAAUGUGCAAAAUGAACAUGAAAAGAAAGCUUCUAUGGAUCGUAAACCAUCUGAAACACAAUUAAUAAAUAUAUUUAAAAUUCUUCAGGAUGAUUUACCACUUUUGUUUGUUAAACAAUUCAAUUAUGCCAUAUAUACAGAGGAUAUGACAUUUGUGAACAAUAUUAAGGGUACAACAUGUGUGGGAAUACUUAACUAUGUUAAACAAAUAAUGUUUUUAAAGAUAAUAGGCCAUUUAAAGUAUGCUUAUAUUAAAUUAGAUGUUUUAAAAAUGACUAUUCAUCCUGAGGAUAAUAGCAUUAAAGUUCGUUGGCGUAUAGUAGGCAUUUCUGGUACACGUAUAUUUCUUACAUUUUGGAAAUUUAAAGUUUGGAAUGUUAAGGAUAAUAUACAGCAUACGUCGUCAUGGUAUGAUGGAUUUUCGACAUUUUAUGUUAAUAACGACGGUAAAAUAUUUAAGCACGUUGUGGAUAAGAUGAUGCCUGAUCAGGAUGUAGAAGAAAAAUUGAAAACACCCAUUGAAACAAAAUUGGCAUUAUUCGCUGCUUUAUUAUCCGUUGAUUCGCUUUACUUAAAUAAAUUUUGUUCAAAAAGAUAUCCCCAAUUAUUUCGAAUAAAAUGA